UGAAAUGUCACUUACAACAAUCAUCAAUUUACGUGUGUUCUAAUUUGUAAAGUUCUGUUUAUUUAUUCAAUUCCAAUCUUGUCGCCAGUAUGGAUGAAAAUACUGAAUUCGAACCCUUAGAGCCCUCUUUACGCAACGUUAUAGAACAGAAAUCACUGCGAUGGAUUUUUGUUGGAGGCAAAGGUGGCGUAGGCAAAACUACAUGCAGUUGCAGUCUCGCCAUUCAGCUAUCUAAAGUACGAGAAUCAGUACUGAUUAUAUCUACUGAUCCUGCUCAUAAUAUAUCCGAUGCCUUUGAUCAGAAAUUUUCUAAAGUCCCAACGAAAGUUAAAGGUUUUGAUAAUUUGUUUGCAAUGGAAAUAGAUCCUAAUGUUGGAUUAACAGAAUUACCAGAAGAGUAUUUUGAAGGAGAAACAGAAGCUAUGAGGCUCGGUAAAGGUGUAAUGCAGGAAAUUGUUGGAGCUUUCCCUGGUAUUGAUGAGGCAAUGAGCUAUGCUGAGGUAAUGAAACUUGUAAAAGGCAUGAAUUUCAGUGCUGUUGUUUUUGACACAGCACCUACAGGACACACACUGCGUUUGCUGUCAUUCCCUCAAGUUGUUGAAAAAGGUCUCGGCAAAUUGAUGCGCCUGAAGUCAAAGGUAGCGCCGUUUAUCAACCAAGUAGCGACACUCUUCGGAUUGGCCGAAUUCAAUUCAGAUAUGUUCAGCAACAAAAUGGAUGAAAUGUUAUCAGUAAUAACACAAGUGAAUACUCAGUUUAAGGAUCCCAACCAGACAACAUUUGUAUGUGUUUGCAUCGCUGAGUUUCUUUCACUGUAUGAAACCGAGAGACUGGUUCAAGAGUUGACAAGAUGCGGAAUAGAUACACACAAUAUAAUUGUGAAUCAAUUGUUAUUACGUACAUCUGCUCCGUGCGAGCUAUGUGCAGCGAGACAUAAGGUACAAGAAAAGUACUUAGAGCAGAUAGCAGAUUUAUAUGAAGAUUUUCAUGUAACUAAGUUACCUUUGCUAGACAAAGAAGUGCGGGGUGUACCUGCGGUUAAGGCUUUCUCAGAGUAUUUACUCAAACCUUAUGUACCACCAAACCCAGCCACAUAACUAUAAUAGUGUGUCUUAUAUUUUGGGUGAUGGUAUACAUUAGCUUCGAAAGAUUUAUAUACAUAUUGAAUAGAGAGCCUUAAAUAAAUUAUAUUAUUAUAAAACAAAGUAUAGUACAGUCAAUUUUAAUUGUAAAAUUGCAUUUCUGAGUAUAUUGUACAUACAA